UAAAUGAAACAUUUGAUUAGUGCCGAUCAAAUUGUAAGGUUGAGCACUAAUUAUGUUUCUAAGUUCUUUUCUCAAGGAUGGGGAGAUAUAGAGUUAUUGAAAAAAAUAGCUAAGUUUCAAGCAUCAGUAUUAGACAAAAAUCAACUCGGAGAUAUACACAGCAUUUUAGAAAAUACAGAAAUAAAACUGUUCAAAGUUGUUGAAGAUAAAAAUGACUCAUCAGUUAACAUUUUUAGAGGUCAAUUUGUUUCACCAUUAACUAAGCUUUUACCUCAUGCAUUGCCUUUAAAGAGUGAAAUAGUUAAUUUUGAAGUGGUUAUGCCAUCUGGUGAUAACAAACCAGCAAUGUGCAUUCAUUUAGCUGGUACAGGGGAUCAUCAUUUUUGGUGGAGGAAAAAAAGUAUGGCAAUACCUUUAGCCAAUGAAUAUAAAAUAGGUUCAAUCUUGUUAGAAAAUCCUUAUUAUGGUCAACGGAAACCUAAAAAUCAAGUUCGUUCUUCAGUUAAUUAUGUUUCUGACAUUUUUGUUAUGGGUUGUGCACUCCUUGUAGAAUCAAUCACAUUGUUUUUGUGGUGCCAAAAAAAUGGAUUUGGACCUUUAGGAAUAACAGGAAUAUCAAUGGGUGGUCAUAUGGCAACAGUUGCAUCAAGUGGAUGGAACAAACCCCUUGCAAUUGUUCCAUGUUUAUCUUGGACUUCUGCAGCACCUAUAUACACACAGGGCGUUCUCUAUGGAGGUGUUCAUUGGAAAAUACUUGAGGAUCAACUUUUACAAAACCCCGAAUACCAAUCACUUAUAAGAAACGAUGAUGAAUUUACUCAACUUCUUCAAAAACAUUACAAAAUAAAUUUUAAAGACCAACAAUCUACAUACGAUCAUGUUUACAAUAAAAUCACAAAUGUAUUUUCUUCCAUUGACUUGAGUUCAAGCAUUAGUAAAAAAAUUGUUCCCGACGAAGUUGCGUUACGUAAAUAUGUCGAGCCGAUUCAGAAACAAAUUUUGAACCCUUCACUAAACAAUUUGAAACGUAUCCGGGAAUUAUUUUCCAUUCCUUCGAAUAACACGCUUGCUUAUAUGACAGCUCUUAUGGAUCAAGCCACACAUUUAGCUCACUUUAAUAAACCACACAAAGAUUCAGCAAUCAUAUAUGUUGUUGCAAAUCAUGAUAAAUAUAUCAAUAGAGAUUAUUAUAAUGUUACACCUAAAGAUGUGUGGCCACAGACUGAAAUUCGUACUAUUGAUUGCGGACAUGUUUUAGGAUUUGUCAUGCACCAGAAAAUAUUUAGAGACGCCAUCUACGAUGCUUUUAAAAUGUUACCAUCUACGAUAUAACAUCGCGUGGUAUCAAUUUUCGCGCCCCUCAACUCAAUUCGACACAAUUAUCUUAUUUAUAGUUUAUCUUUUUUUUAAAUAAAUUUUUAUCUAAAAAUUUUAGUUAUAGAAUUUGCAGUAGAUCAUUUUUCUCAAUAUUUUGAGCAAAAUCAUUGACGUUUAAUAGAAUAAUGUAACUGGCCAAUCAGAAUUUAAUAGGAAAUAUUACAAUUCAUUUGUAGUUAAUUGAAUAUGUGUAUAUAAAGAAUAUAGUUUAUUUUCAUUUCAGUUCAA